AUGCACAUGAACGCCUUCUCCUCCGCGAAAGAAACGCCUACACUGCGACAUAUCUGCGAGCGCGCCUUCUCCCGGCGGGGAGACCUCAAGACGCACAUGAGAACGGCACACGCGGGCGAAAACCGUACAACGCGAACGGCGGCGACUCACGGCGGCGGAGAUGCGACCGUACACGUGGACGCGUGCAGGAACGCUUUCUCGUGCCUCGGAACUGAAGACGGCACUUCGACAACAGCGUCGGCGGAAAGACGCACUACGACGGCGUCGGCGUCGGGCGGGGAGCGGUGUACAAGUGCGAGCUGUGUGAGCGGACGCUUCGCGAAGGCCUGCGACCUGAGGCGCGCACACUGCGCACGCACAGGGGAGAAACGCGUACGCUGGACUCGUGCGAUCGCUUCCUACUCGAAGCGCGCCGACCUGACCGUGCACGUGCGCACGACACACGGGGCGAGAAAGCCCUACAAGUGCCACCUGUGGCGAGCUGGCGUUCGCGAGCGCGGCCCGGCGGACUCCAAGGUGCACCUCACGGACGCAGCGCCUGGCCGAGAACCGCGCAGCAAGUGCCACCUCUGCGAGCUGGCCUUCUCCUCGCCGGGCGGUUUACAACGGCAGCGUGCGCAGCCCACAGUGUCGAAAAACCGUACAAGUGGCUACGUGUGCAAGCGCGCGUUCUGCACGCCAGGGCGGGUGCAGCGGCACAUACGCACGCACGCCGUCGAGCGGCCGUACAAGUGCGAUCUCUGCGACCGGCCGACGACAGCAGCUCCACCGCGCGCGCAGCCGAAGUCACCAGCGCCGCCAGUGCCACCGCCGCGCUGCAGCGGUCCCGUCAAGGACGUCUACUUUAUGAAGACUCACAAAUGCGCCAGCAGCAGCCUCCAAAACAUCUUCCUCCGCUACGGUCACUCUCGCAACCUCACCUUCGUCCUUCCAGUCGUCGGUUUCCACAUGGGCUACCCUCAGCGCUUCUCCCCCUCUCUCAUGAUCCCGCACGCUAGCAACGACUACAAUAUCUUCUGCCACCACGCGCGCUGGGACGAGCUGCACGUGCGAGCGCUCAUGCCUCGCGCCGCCUUCGUUUCCGUCGUUCGCCGCCCGGCGGCGCUGCUGGAGUCGAUCUAUUCGUUCAUGCGAUUCGAGCCGCGCUACGGUGUGAACGUCAGUGUGUUUCUGCAGGACCCCGCGAAGUACGCACGCGGGGACCGGUCGAGUGCUCUCCGGCCGCGAAACACGAUGCUUUACGAUUUCGGGAUGGAUUUCGAGGACAGCGAAAACGAGGAUCUAGUCGAUGCGAAGAUCGCGCGGAUCUUCGAUCGCUUCGAUCUGAUCAUGAUAGUAGAGAGAUUCGACGAGUCGCUCGUGCUGCUGCGCGACCUGCUAUGCUGGUCGUGGGAUGACGUCAUCGUCGUCGCGCACAACGAGCGCAUCGGCGGCGCUUCCAAGCUGUCGGCAGCCGACGCACGCAGAGCGGAAGCGUGGAGCUGGGCCGACGGGAAACUGUACGACGUCGCGGUGGCGACGUUCGACGAGAGAGUCCGUCGCUACGGCGCGGCGCGCAUGCGUCGCGACGUCGCCAGACUGCGUCGGUACUCGACGCGCAUGUACGCACGUUGCGUCGAGCGUCGCGUGACGACGGCCGCAGAAGAUGUUCUGCCGUGGUCGAACAGCGUCGUCCGGUUCGUGCCGCGCAGCAACGCGAGCGCGUGCGUCGACCUGCUACUGCCCGAGCUGGUGCUAAGCACCGACGUGAAGCUGUCGCAGCUGUGCGGUGUGCGCGACAGCUCGUGGCGCGAGGUGUGUCGCAGCAUAGAGAAGAACUUCAUGCGCACGUUAUGCUCGGUCUACCCGCUCUUUCGUCUGCCGUCGUGCGAUCUUUCCCGCGCCGCGCUCGACCUCAGCAAUCGUACAGAUCUGCUCGCGAGCUAUAGUCUAUAGUCCUAUAGUCGUGCUCAAGGGGUCGUUGUCGUAACAGGUACUACAGAUAUGUACCCGAGGUACAUAUAUGUAUAC